CUGUAGAGAAGUCAAUUUUUCCCCCUGCUGAGGAUUUUAAUUUUUAUCUGAGACCCCUGAAAAGAUACACAGAUCUGACAUCACGAUUACAGGCAGCCACACCGAUACUUGGCCUUUGUUCCCUCUCUCCUUCCUGCUCUAACUGCCACUCACCAUAUAUGACUUUCACCGUGUCACAGCGGUGAGCUUCUCAUUCGCCUCCUGACUUUGACUUUGAGAGGGAAAGAUACUCUGAGUGAGAGGGAACAAAAAAAUAAGACAAAAUAAGAUAAAACUAUGUGCUGUACGGGGAAGUGUGCCCGCCUGGUGGGCCUGAUCCUGCUACCUUCAGCAUUCAUCUGCAUGAUCGCCAACCUGCUGCUGUUCUUCCCCGACGGGGAGAGUCAGGAUAAUGACCAUAUCUCCCUCCAGGUCUGGCUGAUGGGGGGGCUCAUCGGAGGAGGCCUGUUUAUGCUGUGCCCGAGCUGCUCAGCUAUCAGGGCCGGGGGCAAGGGUUGCUGUGGAAAAGGUUGCUGUGGCAACCGUUGCCGGAUGCUGAACUCUGUGUUCUCCUCUGCCUUUGGCCUGGCUGGAGCGAUCUACUGCGUCAGUGUGGCCUCUGCAGGUCUGGCUAUUGGACCUAAGUGUCUGUCGGAUAAGGGCAAAUGGGAAUAUCCCUUUGAAAACCUUGGCACCGGUAAUGGCAGCUACCUUGUAAACCAGACCAUGUGGGCAAUGUGUGAAUACCCCACCAAUGCCGUGAUGUGGCAUGUGGUUCUGUUCUCCAUACUGCUGGCCAUGGGGGCGGUGCAGCUGGUGCUCUGCGGCAUCCAGGUGGUCAACGGCUGCAUAGGAUGCAUCUGCGGGGACUGCCGCGACAGCAAAGAUGAUGACAGUGGAUUGUGAAAGUGAAGAUCAUCCAGUUGUAACCGACCUUCAGAGGGGCCAGGAGGGUUUCAUUUUUCCCCCAGUUUACACUGAGGGAAACUUCUCUGUGAAACAUGCUGGAGUUUUCUUAUAAAGCUGUUGUUUCAUACCAAAGUCUUACUCCACUAUUGUAUGAAUUUUAUUCUAGCUGAUGUGUAUGCUGAUGUUGUGUAUUUUUAGAUGAAUUAUUCAUUAAUUACUGAAUUAAUGAGUCAUAUAUGGAUAAUACUUUAAUGGUAAAUAAUUUUGUUAAAUGUGGCUCUACUUAGUUUAGUAUGCUGUAUUCUCAGGAAGACUGUGACAGCACCGUGAGAGUUGAAAGAUUUUGUCUCAACAUUGUGGGGGACAUGAAAUGGGAGUGGGGGUCCUUCACCAGAAAAUUUGGAGCAUCAAACACUUUAUUUUCUGCAUUCGGGUGAAUUUUUCCGCAUCAAUUUAUGGUGUCAAUGUCUUUGAUUUUGACAAAAUAAAAGUCCUCUGCUACUUUCA